GCAACGAUGACCUCAACAGUUGAAAAAUCUAUUAAUUCACUAAUAAAAUCCUAUAAUGAGAAUACGUCAAUAAGAUAUAAGCUAUUGGAUUCAUUUUUGGUUGCUUUAUGUAUCUCUGCAGUCAUCGAGUUCUUAUAUGCGUUGGCUAUCAACAACUCUCCAUAUAACGCUUUCUUGGGAAGUUUCAUAUCGAAAGUCGGUCAGUUCAUUCUGACAGUGAACUUGCGGAUGCAGACGAACCCGGAUAACGCAAAGGAAUUUCAACAUAUAUCCCCAGAGAGAGCAUUCGCUGACUUCGUUUUUGCUUCACUUGUAUUGCACUUCUGCGCUAUAUCAUUUUUAGGUUAAAUUUCUAUAUCAUAUGCAUUUACAAAGCUUUAAGAACGGCAUCUUGGACAUCGGUUGUGCUUGACUUACCACCAAGGUCUGGUGUUAACAUCUUACCUUCCUUCAAGACUUCGUCAACGGCUUUGUAGAUUGAUGCGGCUGCAUCAGAGUAUCCCAUGUGUUCAAUCAUCAAAGCUGCUGAUCUGAUUGAUGCGAUUGGGUUAGCGAUGUUCUUUCCUGCGAUAUCAGGUGCUGAUCCGUGUACAGGUUCACCCAUAGCGAAUGUGUCGUUAGCGUUAAUUGAAGGAACAACACCAAGACUGCCGACCAGAGCUGCUGCACCGUCUGAAAUGAUAUCACCGUAGAGGUUUGGUGCUACACAUACGUCGAAGAUUUGUGGUUCUCUGAACAUUCUGUAGACGAAUGAAUCAACGAGUUGUUCAACGAGCUUAACUUUGUCAAAUCUCUCAUCUGACUUGUGAGCAGCCUUGAUUGAUUCUCUGAAAAGACCAUCGGUGACGCUCAAUACGUUUGACUUGUGGAUAGACCAUACGCUUGGCUCUGAGUGUGGUGAACUGCCGCCUGAUUGUCUAACCUUAUCUCUCUUGAGCGCAAUCUCAAAUGCAAGUUUACCAAUUCUUUCUGAAGCAUUUUGGGUAAUUUGACGAGUUGCUCUAGCUACCUUUGUUCCGUCAGGUAAUCUGUCGAGUUCUUCCUUCUUGAUGUAGAGACAUUCGGUGUUUUCUCUAACUGUUACCAUAUCUACUUUUCCGUCAACGGUUGAAACCGGUCUAAUGUUGGCGUAUAAAUCUAAGUGUUUACGGAGUGCAACGAUUGGUGAAGAGUAUCCAGUAACUUUAUGUGAAGGGCUAGAAACACUACCGAACAUAGCACCGUCUACGCCAGACUUCAUAACCUCAAUAGUUUCAUCUGGUAAAGCAACACCUGAUCUUCUGAAAUAGUCAAAUCCAGCGUUAAGUGGGAUGAACUCUAACUUUGGGAGUGCUUUUCUAGUGGACAAUUCUUCAAGAACUCUUUGAGCUGGCUGUAUAACGUGUAAGUUUACUAUUCAAGUCCUGAAGUAUCAUCGUACCGGAAGAACUUCGUGUCCAAUUCCAUCAGCUGGAAGCAUACCGAAACCUUUACUUCUUGUCAGCAACCUUACUAGUACGCUAUUUUUUACUCACGAAGCGUCUUUGUCGCCAAAUUCUUUGCAGCGGAUGCCAUUUUCUUAUCUAAGUUGAUCGAUGUCAGAGAAAAACAAGUCCGAAAAUGCAAAAUAAAU